CGUAAAUUUCUUCGACAUAAAUGAUGUCAUUGUGCUGUGAUUCUUCCUCUGUCCACAGGCGUCAUUUUCAGUCCUCACUGCAUGUUGACUAUUUUUCUGACACUGAGCUCUUCCUUCUUCCUUCUUAAUUCACCCACACUGCUAGGCGCUGUGUCCCUGGCCAUCCAGCAGAACAAAUGGGCUCUGAGAUUGAAGUCUUUCCCAAGACUGGAGGUUAUGUGCACCUCUUACAAUUAACUCAGAAAUGGACCAGCUUUUUAUAGUAGAAAAAAUAAUGUUAGUUACUGCGAUAACUGUUCAGGCUAAUAGGAAAAGCAAUACUACUAAGAGAAAAAUGGGUGAGAUGACAACUGAUGAAUUUUGUGAGAAGAUGACUAAUACUUCACUUGGUUCACCAUAUCAUAGAUAUGCAAGUGUAAUCAGAACUACGCUCAGGAACAAAGGUUUCUCUUGUUAUCCUGCAAGUUACAAGGAAUCUGUGAAUGCAUUCUCUUCCUCUUCUUUGGACAGGAAUACUUACAAAACAGCCAAGCCAUGGUUAUAUCAAAGUUGCACUGAAUUUGGCUACUUUUUCACCACAGAUUUAAAGAACCAGUCUUUCACUGGAUUGCCUCUCAGGUAUUUUGCUAAGAAGUGUUCCGAUGUCUUUGGCAGUGUGUUCAAUAGUGAUUCACUGAUUCGGGGUGCUAUGGUCACCAACAGGUACUAUGGUGGCCUCAAUGUGAACGGAAGCAAAAUCAUCUUUUUAAAUGGUGCCAAUGAUCCUUGGUACCAUCUGGGAGUCACAAAGGAUAUCAGUGAUGACUUGCUAGCUGUAUUCAUUAAAGGUAAUUUCGUUGUGAAUGGUUAA